CAACUCGCGUUGAACACAACCGUCACACCGGAAGUGGCAUGUGAUGCGCUACCCGGGCAGACGACAUGGCAGCCGAAGAAGACUGUCGAGUUUUAUCUAUUCAGAGUUCCGUGGUGUAUGGCUACGUUGGAAACAAGAGUGCGACUUUCCCACUGCAGGAUUUGUAAAAACCAAAAUCACCUGAAAGAUGCUACACCAAAUGUUCUGUCCAUUCAAAAAUCUGUAAUAUGGGGAAAUGUUGGCAAUGAAAUUGCAAGGUUUCCUUUGCAGGUUCUUGGGUUUGAUGUCAGCACAAUCAACUCUGUACAAUUUUCAAAUCACACAGGGUAUGGUAAGUGGAAGGGUCAGGUCCUAAAUGCUGAUGAUGUUGCUGAACUUUUUGAAGGUCUUCGGAUAAAUAAUUUACUGCAUUUUUCUCAUGUACUCACAGGUUAUAUAGGAUCAGAGUCAUUCUUAGAGAAAGUAGGGGAAACAGUGAUGGAAAUGAAAAAGUCUAACCCCAAGCUUGUGUAUGUAUGUGAUCCAGUGAUGGGCGACAAUGGAAAAUUGUAUGUAAAAGAAGAAUUGAUUCCAGUCUAUCGUGAGAAAAUUGUUACUUUGGCAGACAUCAUAACACCAAACCAGUUUGAGUUAGAAAUCCUAACAGAUUCGAAAGUAAGUUCAGAAGAAGAGGCUUUUAUCGCUAUAAACAAGCUCCAUCAAAAGGGAGUGAAGACUGUAGUGCUGAGUAGCAGUGAGUUGGGCUCCAACGGCCUUCUGGUCUGCCUGGCCAGUACAGCAGCUAAUGGCUUUAGGCAGAAGUACCGCCUGGAGAUCCCUUAUAUUGAUGCCACAUUUGUCGGAACUGGGGACUUGUUUGCUGCUUCUCUUCUAGCAUGGAUGCAUAAAGAUAGUGACCUCAAGAUAGCCCUGGAGAAGACCAUGGCAACACUUCAAGCUGUGAUAAGACGAACACUGGCAUAUGCUACAAAAAUCGCAGAGAAAGGAAUGAGACCUACACCUGCUCAAAUGGAAUUGCGGCUUGUGCAAAGCAAGGCUGACAUUGAAAAUCCACAAGUUUCUCUCAAGGCACAAGAUGUAUCACUUUGCAAUGCAAUACUCAGGACAUAAACUUGAAGAAUAUUUCAACUGUGAUUUUUUUCUAAGGCUAUCAGUAAGGUUGAUAAAGAGUUUUUGUCCGUUUUUUAAAGCUAUCAAGUCAAAAGUAUUUAAUUUGUGCAAAAUAAAACCUGAAGAAUGCUGUGUAGACUAUGACAUAAAUUUCCUGAAGUUACACAAAUGUACUGUCUUUGAAUGGAAGAGACUUUCAUGAAACUGUAAUCAGAGAAGACAGGGUUUUUUUUUUGUUUGUUAUUUUUUUUUGGGAGGGAGGAGGGCUGGGUAUUUCUUAAAAUGUCUAGCUUAUAUGGGAUUCAUGUUUAGAUGUAUGUUAAAACCAAUGCUUAAAAUUUUGUAUGACAUAUAUUUCACUUUUUUACUUAUGAUUAAGCAGCAAAGGUGAAAAGAGAGAAAAAGUGUGUGGUUGUUUCUUUGCAAGGAGAACUGAAAUGUGUGCUUACAAUUUUGUUGACUUUCAUAUUUUCAUGCACGUGAAAAAAGAAUUUAGGAUGCAGAUAACAUCAAAGUCUGAGUAUAAUAUACUAUUUUAUAUAUAUUCAAGAUGUGGAAUAAAAGAGAGAGUAUUUAGCAUCUGAUAAAAAGCUUGUAACUUCUAAAAGAACAGAAAUUUGGAUAAAAAGCCUUUGGGAAACAAGAGUGUUUUAUUUUGCGAACCCUUGUUUAUGUCAGGUUAUCAUAAUAUUUAGGACAUCUUUUUUCGCCAAGCAGCAUGCACUGAUUCGCAUUCAAAUCUUCCAAACCGGAGACUAAACAGGAAUGUUGAACAUGGAUUUAGUCCAAAUUCAAGCAGUAGUGACGAGUAGGAAAAUCAUUGUAGUGUGUGUGUGUGUGCGAGUGCAUAGCUGGUGUGGAGGGAGGGUUGGGGAUUUCAUACAUCUGCAGAUGGAUAUUCAUAUGUACAUUGUAUAAGUGUAUCUUAAUGUGUUAAAAUAGAAGGAAGCAUAUUUAUUUCACAUAUUUGUUAAUUUUUUUUGCAUGAGAAAAAUGUGUCAGUAGUUAGGGUCUCAAUAAAGCACAGACACUGAUUUGGAAGAUGUAUUCCUCUAAAAAUAUUUUUUAGAUUUAAAAAAAUAUUAAUCAGAUAAUUUGGGAUCAUAAAUGCAUAAGGUAGGCCAUGUGGGUUGAAGACAUGGUGUAAUAAACACAACUAGAACAUGACGUUUUAAAAUAUCUUGAAUAUUGGAUAAAGCCUUUUACCCAUGCAAACUACAGUUUGUAUGGUUGAUGUAGAGAUUGGUGUGGGUGCUUAACAUCUGAGCAUGUAUUCAUGUGUAUGCGGAAGUUAUAUAGAUGAAAGAGAAAAUAAACAUGCAUGU